AUGAGCACCAUGCGGCUGCUGCUGCUCGCCCUCCUCUUCUCCUCGUCCUUCGCCCGCGCCGGCUGCGACCCUAAGAUCGUCAAUAUCGGCGCGGUGCUGAGCACCAAGAAGCACGAGCAGAUCUUCCGCGAGGCGGUAAACCAGGCCAACAAGCGGCACGGCACCUGGAAGCUCCAGCUCAACGCCACCUCCGUCACCCACAAGCCCAACGCCAUCCAGAUGGCCCUGUCCGUCUGCGAGGACCUCAUCUCCAGCCAGGUCUAUGCAAUAUUAGUUAGUCACCCUCCUGCUCCCAACGAUCACCUAACACCAACACCUGUAUCAUACACAGCUGGCUUCUACAGGAUCCCUGUCAUUGGUCUGACAACACGCAUGUCUAUAUACUCUGAUAAGAGCAUCCACCUGUCCUUUUUGCGCACGGUCCCACCCUACUCUCACCAGGCCAACGUCUGGUUUGAGAUGAUGAGAGUCUUCAACUGGAACCACGUCAUCCUGAUAGUCAGCGACGACCACGAGGGUCGUGCUGCACAGAAGAAGCUGGAGACCCUCCUGGAGGAGAAAGAGUCCAAGGCUGAGAAAGUGCUUCAGUUUGACCCUGGGACCAAAAAUGUGACAGCGCUGCUGCUGGAGGCGAAGGAGCUGGAGGCCAGGGUCAUCAUCCUCUCUGCCAGCGAGGAUGACGCGGCCACGGUGUACAGAUCAGCAGCCAUGCUCAACAUGACGGGCUCGGGCUACGUGUGGCUGGUGGGGGAGCGGGAGAUCUCGGGCAAUGCCCUGCGCUACGCCCCGGACGGAGUGAUCGGCUUGCAGCUCAUCAACGGCAAGAACGAGUCAGCCCACAUCAGUGACGCUGUCGCCGUGGUGGCCCAGGCCGUGCAUGACUUGUUCGAGAAGGAGAAUAUCACAGACCCACCGCGGGGCUGCGUGGGCAACACCAACAUCUGGAAGACGGGACCCCUUUUUAAGAGGGUGUUGAUGUCAUCCAAGUACUCAGAAGGUGUCACCGGCCGGGUGGAGUUCAACGAGGACGGGGACAGGAAAUUUGCCAACUACAGCAUCAUGAACCUGCAGAACCGGAAACUGGUCCAGGUUGGGAUUUACAAUGGCAGCAAUGUCCUGACCAAUGACAGGAAGAUCAUCUGGCCAGGUGGGGAAACUGAGAAACCUCAAGGCUAUCAGAUGUCAACCAAGUUGAAGAUUGUGACCAUCCACCAAGAGCCCUUUGUGUAUGUGAAGCCCACUCAGGCAGAUGGGACAUGCAGGGAGGAAUUCACCAUCAAUGGAGAUCCUGUCAAAAAGGUCUUCUGCACUGGACCCAAUGAGACCAUCCCAGGCCGUCCCACCGUGGCACUGUGCUGCUACGGCUUCUGCAUCGACCUGCUCAUCCGCCUGGCAGGCGUGAUGAACUUCACCUACGAGGUUCACCUGGUGGCUGAUGGUAAAUUUGGUACCCAAGAGAGGGUGAACAACAGCAACAAGAAGGAGUGGAACGGGAUGAUGGGGGAGCUGCUGAGCGGCCAGGCUGACAUGAUUGUGGCUCCCCUUACCAUCAACAACGAGCGGGCUCAGUACAUUGAGUUCUCCAAGCCCUUCAAGUACCAGGGCCUCACCAUCCUCGUGAAGAAGGAAAUCCCCCGCAGCACCCUGGACUCAUUCAUGCAGCCCUUCCAGAGCACGCUCUGGCUGCUGGUGGGGCUGUCUGUGCACGUGGUGGCAGUGAUGUUGUACCUCUUAGACCGAUUCAGCCCGUUUGGCCGGUUCAAAGUAAACAGUGAGGAGGAGGAAGAAGAUGCCCUGACUCUCUCCUCAGCCAUGUGGUUCUCCUGGGGAGUCCUGCUGAACUCUGGCAUUGGAGAAGGUGCUCCCCGGAGUUUCUCUGCCCGUAUCCUCGGCAUGGUGUGGGCUGGCUUUGCUAUGAUCAUUGUGGCUUCAUACACUGCCAACCUGGCAGCCUUCCUGGUGUUAGACCGACCUGAGGAGAGGAUCACAGGCAUUAACGACCCCCGGCUGCGCAACCCCUCGGAUAAGUUCAUCUACGCCACGGUGAAGCAGAGCUCUGUGGACAUCUACUUCCGACGGCAGGUGGAGCUGAGCACCAUGUACCGGCACAUGGAGAAGCACAACUACGAGAGCGCUGCCGAGGCAAUCCAGGCAGUGAGGGACAACAAGCUCCACGCCUUCAUCUGGGACUCGGCGGUGCUGGAGUUCGAGGCCUCCCAGAAGUGUGACCUGGUGACCACGGGGGAGCUCUUUUUCCGCUCCGGCUUCGGGAUCGGCAUGCGCAAGGACAGCCCCUGGAAGCAGAACGUCUCCCUGGCCAUCCUCAAGUCUCACGAGAACGGCUUCAUGGAGGAUUUGGACAAGACUUGGGUGAGGUAUCAAGAGUGUGAUUCCCGUAGCAAUGCCCCAGCAACACUCACCUUUGAAAAUAUGGCAGGUGUGUUUAUGCUGGUGGCUGGAGGUAUUGUUGCCGGGAUAUUUUUAAUAUUCAUAGAGAUAGCUUACAAAAGGCAUAAGGACGCGCGGAGGAAGCAGAUGCAGCUGGCGUUUGCGGCCGUUAAUGUGUGGAGAAAAAACCUGCAGGAUAGAAAAAGUGGUAGAGCAGAACCUGACCCUAAAAAGAAAGCCACUUUUAGGUCCAUCACCUCCACCCUGGCCUCCAGCUUCAAGAGACGUAGGUCCUCCAAGGAUACGCCCUGCAGAAUGGUCCCUCAGGAGUGCCAGAGAGACAGGCUGGCACCAUGGAGCCAAGACAGCCCUGGGAAGCUUCCACCCCACUCUGAACGUCCUAGCGCCCACCAUCACCCGAGCUGCACAGCCUCUCCGCGGCACAUCAUCCCCACCGCCCCAGGAGGAGAUGCAUGUGUUCCCCAUAGGCAGCUCCUGCAACUCGAGUAGCACUGGCAGAGCUGACGUGUCCAUCCAUCGCAGCCACCCACGAUACUGCAACCCCACAGACGCCAUGUGAGACGCAUAAACCACACAGACACCUCCGAGCCGGCACAUUGCGUACAGACACGAUCGAGGUGCACAGGUCCCUUAGCCCCCCGCAUCGCCAGCCCCCGCAGAGCCACACUGCCAGCCCCAGCCCCCGUGACACAGCAGUGACACGCGGCCCACGGCACCGCCCCGCCGUGGGGAUGGUGCCCGAGCUGGGCAACAACCGAGGGGCUUCCUGGAAAAGGUCACCUUUUCAGUGAAGGAUCAGCUGUCCCAAAGCCAAACGCUUCUUGGCUGAGAAAGAGCCUAGUUUUUGGCCCAAAAGAACCAAAAGUAGGUCAAAGACAACUUUUUUUUUUUUCCUAAAGGGAAGUUGAUAUUUUCUACAGCAAGAUCGCAUUUAGCUGGAAUCCUAAUUUUUAAUGGAAAAAAACCCACAACAACAAACUAAAAUUCUUCCAGAAAAUCUUCCACCAGCCAGGGACUACCAUAUGAGCCCAGUUAGGUUGAAGUCAUUUUUAAAGACAUUAAGUUCUUGUCUAUAUUUUCUUCCUGGUUGUCAUUUAAAGUUUUUGGUGCCUUCACUUCACUUCCAUACCUUAACAUGUUUGAGUCUCUUCUAUGGUUAAUAUUGAUUAAUUUCUUGGCUUUAUAAUGUUUGGUUUGGGGAUUAUUGCACCAUCCCUGUAACGUAAUUUACCUUAAAUUAUUGAUAUGUGCUUCUAGCAUUAGUCCUACUUUAACAUAGUUUUGAUAUGAUCGUUUUCUUGCUUUUUUUUUCUUUUCCUUUUUUAUUUUAAUUUUAAUUUUUAUUAUUAAAAUUGCAUGCAUGAACUUUACACACAAAAAAAAAAAAGUAAAUGAGAAUGUUACCCUGUGAUAACUCUGUGAUUGGAGGAGAUAUGCUUUCAAAUCAAAAGCCAUGCUCUUGUAUUUUAAUUUUUCUGGCCAGAUUGCCCAUUUCGUUUGGUUGUUUUAGCAUUUCCCACCCCCAGAGCUGUGCAGAGAGGCCAGAAGGCCCCAGCCUGCCCUGCUACACCACCACAGCAGUCACAUGCACACGUGCACCAAGGCACACGCACUCACACAGGCACACUCCGCUUCUUCCACCCCCCUCACAUCAGGCAGGAUGUUUAACAAAGGACCUUUCUUCUACCCAUUCAUUUUUGUAUCUCCAGUUCCUCCUUCUACUUCACCAGUGAGUCACAGCCUCUCCCCUUUCCCAGUCACCUCUCCUCCCUGCCGGAGUCAAGCUCCAUCCCACGAGCACACACCUCUCAGCAGCUCUGCCAUGGAAACACUGCAUUUAGCUGGAAUCCAAAUUUUUCAGGAGGAGGGGGUGGCUGCACCCGAUUUCAGGAGAGAGGGGUGUUUUUUGGUGGGCUGCUGAACAGCCACAAAAAGCUCCCCCCAGGGCAGCAGAGUAACAUCAGGAUGCUCCCGGCGACUCUCUGUGCUGAUGGGCAAUGGCUGAGCUGUUGCUCCUUAGCAAGGCAAGGCUAUGGCCAGGAAUUCCCAGAGGCUCCAUUGGAAUCUUAGCCAGUGCCCUAAGUGGCAGGGUGAUCCCCUGAGAGGCUCCCUGGGUGUCAGCGUGUCCCAUCUUGGCACUGGAGAUGGGAGCGCGCUGGCUCCCGGCCCUGCCCCAGCUGCUCCCACCGAGGGGUCCCGGGAAGCACAAAUCCGGGCUGGGCAGGGCAGCCCCAAGGAGCCCCUGCAAGGCUCGGUGGGUGGCAGGAGGCAGGGUGUGCAGCACACAGGGUAGCCACAGUGCCAGAGCUGCCGGCAAGGCCACAGCCACCAUUGACCAAAGCAGGGCAGGUGAAAUCCGCCACCGAGGAGCCCCCCUGGAGCCCCUCAAAACAUCGGCCCUCCUGGGCAGGGUGGUGCAAGGGCUGGGAAAGUGUCACUGGAGAGGAUCUGUGCUGCUGUACAUGAGAGCCACAGAGACCCUUUCCUGCCCUGGCACCGGUUUAGGACCCCAGAGAGCAGUGCAGGAGGCUCCAGCCCACAGCAGGGCUGGACAGAGCUUCCAGCUCAGGGUGUGGAGUUUGGAGAGUGGAGCUGGGAGAGGAGGGGAGUUUGGAAGGAGGAAGGGAGGAAAUAACUGCCCCACUGUAAAUUCCUGCCUGGGGAGGAAGGACGUUUUUUCUUGCCCAUUGAUGGGAAUUUCUGCUCUGCCCCCUGCUUGCUGAUGGGACUGCAGCAGAGGAGGGCUCUCCCAUGGCCCCUCCCAUGCUAAGCCUCCCCACCUGCAAGGAGCUCAGAACCCCAAAUCCAGACCAUGUCCCCAGCACAGGUCGUAUUUUCACAUUAGCAAUCAACACCACACUUUAUCACAAACCAACCACCCCACACAUCUCACCUGCAUGAAAGGAUAGUCACGGCAGGGUCAUUCAAGCAAGGAGGUAAAACGCCCUGGCCUCGAAGCACAGCUUGAUCUGGCAUCAGAGAGGUGCCAAAACCCAGCCAGACCCUCCAAACACAGGUUCAGGCGUGGGCUGGGCUGAUGAGUCACAGGCUUUGUUUUGUAGCCCUCCCAGAGCAGAGAGGGCCUGGCUCAGCGGGUGACGUGGCAGCCACACUCUGCAGAAGCUGCACUACGCUCCUGGGUGUCCCCUCUGCCCAGCUCCAGGGUGCCUGGAGAGAGUCUGCAAUGACCUCUGCACAAGCGUGGAUGGCACUGGGAAGGGGACCUCAGCCAGCAGCAGCUUUCAGGGCGUUGCUUCACCCCCAAGAGAUAUCCUGUAGGGACACAUGGGAUAGAAGUGGCAGUGGGGACAAGUGCCAGAACUGCCUAACACUCCUUUCUCUUUGUCUGUCUAUUUGUGUGUUGCAGCAGUAUCACCCCACCGACAUCACUGGCCAGCUCAACCUCUCUGACCCCUCAGUCAGCACUGUGGUGUGACCUUCUCCCCGAGGGCCAUCAGUCCUUACCCAACACAGUAGGAAGGCACAGCCAGGACUGCCUUUCAAGGGACACUGAUGGGUUCUUCUGGGUGAGAUGGGAGGAAAGCAUCCUUCAUCCAUACACAGUGACUCCAUUGUAUAUCUCCCUCCCUUCCUAGGCCUGCUGCCAUACUCAUGCCCCAGGAAGCACGGCAGAACCAGGACAAGGUUUGGACUUCACUGUACAGAGAUAAUUGCUUCCAAACAGUGCCACAAUGAUCAGAAUUGCCACUGACUGGCUCCGUGCAAGGGGAAAGGACUGCAGAAGGCACAUGGUGCCUGCUCUCCCACUGUAGCAGGGAAGGGUUGGUGCCAGACCACAGGCACGUGCUUGACCUCACAGGCUGCAGCCUUCUGAGCACACACAGCCCCUCAGACAUGUGCUCCGCGUCUCCCACCACCUGGAGAGCUCCACGGUCCUGCGGAGCUGGAGCAGCCAGCUCCUGGUGUGGCAGGUUGGGCACAUGUUCCUGCUGUGCCGAGUGACCCUCCCGUCUGCCGCAGGGGCUGGAAGAUGUGUGCUCUGCUCCUUGCCGGGGAUGGACCCUCUUCCCCUCUCCCCCAUCGUCCCGUCCGUGGUCCGGCAGCAGCAGGAGAGCUCCCGCCCUGCAGCCCUCACCCCUGAGCUCGCGGUACUCCGGAGCCGUGGAGUGCCGCCAGCCGAGACCCCGGCUCCCACCUCUCCUGCACAGAAACAUCCCCAGGACAUGGCCACGGCCAGCAUGUAGCACUCACACAGCAGCUCUCCUGGCCAGGAAUUCUCCACGGGAAAUGGCUCUGGAUGGUUGCACUGACCUCUACCCCAGCUCCACACUGCCUCAGCACCAGCAAUGCAAGGAGAGAUGCUGCUGCUGGUCCCGGCUCGCUGCGCUGCUGCAGCGGCCCCCCAGCCUGUCUGCACUGCCGGGGCACCACGGCCAGCGCUGGCGGCUCCCCUGCCACCCUCACCUGCGGUUCAAGCUUGCCAGCAGCUCCCGCGGCAGCCCUGCGGCCCCAGCUCACGGCGCUCCGUCUGCCUGAACCUGGAGACGUGGAAAGCAGAUCCCAGCUCGGGAGAAGGAACCGAACGGGCCAGGCUGACCCCGUCCCUCCCCGCACCGUCCUCCCCUCGGGCCCACACGGCCACCCCGAGCAGCCUCCCCGUGGGCAGCGGGGCUGAGCAGCGUCUCCUGCCAGUCGGAACGCCCACCUGCAGCGUGGUUCCCAGCCCCGGCGGCACGGAUUGCCUACCCCCGGCCCCAGCCUGCCCCCGCGGGCAGCAGCCCCGCAGGCAGGAUUUCACAUGGCAGCUGAGGUCUGUGAGCAUUGUCCCACCGACUGCUGUGGCUCCAUCAUGUUCAUCUAGCUCCAGCUGAGAAAUCGGACCCAUUCUACUUUAUACGUCAGUGUUACAUUAAUACCAAGUUUUUGCAAGAGCUCAGUAAAGUCUAGACUGGAUCAUGAAGUGGUUUAUUCC